AUGUCCUCAGACGUUUUCCGCAAAGUGGGCCGGGGCGGCGCCGGCAAUUUCUACAGUAAGAAGGAUAUUGAAGAAGCCGAGAAAGCGACCAGUGCUGCAGCCCCGCCGCUGAACGGCCCGGGAGCAGGGGCAGAAGCCGGUGCCAGCGGCAGCGGCAGCACCGUACCGAGCUACGCUCGCGGGGGACGCGGGGGUGCGGGCAACUUUGUCUUCCGUGGCGGCCCAUCAACAGCAUCAGCGGCGCCAUCGGCACCAACAACAGGAGGUGAAUCAGCCUCCUCCCCCUCCUCCGGACCGCUGUCCCCGGAUACAGCGCAGCAAGAGCUCCUGGCCGCCGCCGAGGCGGAGCGUACCCGAGUAGCCAUCGCGGCGAGCAUAGCCGCCAAGACCCGGACCGGAGGGUUGAGCGGGCGGGGCGGGGCGGGUAAUUGGACGGGAGGGGGAGGCGCUGGGGGAAGCAGUGGCAGUGAUAACGAUGGGGAGCAGGGCCCGGCGGCGGCGGAGGAAUUGGAGUUGAAGGUCUUGAGGGAGGUCGAAGAUGGGCUUGCUUUCCCUGGGAGGGUGUAUCAUGCCCCUGGAGCCAGGGGUGAUACUGCUGCAUGA